ACACCUGAUUAAAGUUCCCUGCAUACGCUGCAAACACCACCAAACCGAACAGUCAAUCGACGUCCCCCGACAUGUGGGGUCGAACCUUUCCUGAGUGAGCCUUGAUAGAACGAUACUGACACGAAACGCUACCUCUUCGCUGACCUGUUUGACAACCCCUGAGAGCACGCAACGCUUUGCCUAGAGAGCAAAAUGGCCACUCCGAACUCGGGCCCAGUGUGCUCAUGACAAGCGAGCUAGCUCUGGACGCUGGACCAAGAUGGGAUGCAGUAGCUCAAAGCCAAGCUAUGAGACGCAGGACUCGGGUGUACACGAGCUCGCGAACGCCGAUGAUGCCCACAAGUCCGAGGCGCUUAAGGCCGAGGCAUUGCGCACGGCUGAUGAAAUGUUUGAAGCGACAAAGGGCAGGCGCUUCCAUGAAAACUACACGCGUCUGACCCUGACCAGCUAUGGAGCAAGCUGCAAAGUGCUCACGGCUUAUCAUCGUGUUACCAACAAAAAGGUGGCUGUGAAAACGAUUCCCAAGAGCCGCAAGCAGCUGGAGAAGCAACGGGCAAAGGUGAAGCUGGAAAUCGGCACGUUCCGGUUGGUUGAGGACCACCCGAACGCAGUGCGCGUCCUUGAGGUCUUCGAGGGCGCGGAGUGCUACUACAUUUGCAUGGAGUGCUGUGAAGGCGGGGAGCUGUUUGACCACAUCAGUAAGAAGCAGGCGUCCUUCACGGAGCGCCAGGCGGCGCACCUGCUCCGCGGCCUCAUGCUGUUCCUGGCGCACAUGCACGGCAAGGGCAUUGCGCACCUGGACAUCAAGCCCGAGAACAUCAUGUUUGACAGCGAGGGCGCCAACGGGGUGCUCAAGGUGCUGGACUUCGGGUCCUCGGCGUUCGUGCAGCCCAACGAGACGGUUCGCAACGCCUUCGGCACGGUGCGCUACGCCUCGCCCGAGAUGGCCAACGACGUGUGCGGCCAGAAGGCGGACAUAUGGUCUGUGGGGGUGGUCAUGUACAUCCUGCUGUCGGGCCGCGCGCCCUUCCUCAAGUCCAACGACGUGGACACGCUCAAUCUGAUCAAGAGCGGCCCGCGGGUCAAGUUCGCGGGCGAGCGCUGGGCGGGCAUCUCACAGGCGGCCAAGGACUGCAUCAAGGCGCUGCUGGAGCCCAACCCGCGGCUGCGGCCCUCCGCCGUGACCGUGCUCAACAUGCCCUGGCUCAAGCAACAGGCCCCCGAGACCAUCAUCGUGCCCGACACGCUGCGGCACCUGCGCGCCUUCGCCAACCAGUCGCGCAUCCGGCGCCUGCUGCUGGGGCUGAUGGCGGACCAGCUGGUGGGCAGCGGCGCCAACCAGCUGCUGGGGCAGUUCUACACGCUGGACAAGGACUUCAGCGGCACGCUGGAGGUGUCGGAGCUGGUCAAGGCGGCCAAGGAGGCCAUUCCCGAUCUGUCGGAGCACGAGAUCAACCGCAUGUUCGAGGCCCUGGACGUGGACCGCACCGGCACCGUGGACAUCAAAGAGUUCUUCGCCGGCCUCAUCCAGACCAUAGACGAGGAGAAGCAGACGCUGGUGGCGCAGAAGAGCUUUACCAUGCUGGACAAGCGCGGCGCGGGCUUCGUGACCAAGGAGGCCUUCAUGGAGGUGCUGCUGGAGCGCGCGCAGGCGGGCACACUCAAGACCCUGGCGCCCAAGGCCGAGCAGACCGGCCGCCCGGGCCCCCAGUCCAUGGACGGCAGCGUGGCCAGCAGCCACGCGCCCGUGACGCACGGCCGCACCUCGGGUGCGGACGGCGGCGAGGCGCGUGUGCUUCUGGACCCGGGCCUGGUGUCGGAGCUGGAGCAGGAGUUCGCCAACCUGGACGCCAACGGCGACGGCGUGCUCAGCUUCGAGGAGUUCAAGGCCAUCCUGGGCAUCCAGUCCACACCCGAGGGACUGCAGCUCACACAGCCGCAGCUGCCCGCGGCGCCCUCCAUUGCGGAAAACAUGGAGACGCUGGCGCAGACGCUGCGCACCCGCACCCGCAGCCACAGCGCGCUGGACGAGGCGCGGGCCACCUCGGGCAGCAACACGCGCACCUCCCUCCGCGGCGCACACCGCCACUCCAACAGCGGCGGCCCCAGCUCCACAGGCGCGCUGGGCCCCGGCGCCGGCGGCGCCUCCGCCACCUCGGCGCAGCGGCGCCACAGCAGCACCAGCCGCGAUGCCCCGCAGGGUCGCAGCAGUGCCUCCGGCACACCGCUGCCCGGCGGCAUCGCCUCCGCCACCAGCCAGAGCGGCGGCGGCGCGAAGCGGCGCUCGCACACCGGCAGCAGCGGGCUGCGGCUGGGCGGCGGCGGCGGCAUGUCGCCCAUGAUGCACGUGGCGGGUCUGCAGGAGGGCGAGGAGGGGGAGGAGGGGGAGGAGGUGGGCGGCGGGCUGCCGGUGGCGGUGCUGAGCGGCAUUGCGGGCAUGGACCGCGCCGCCAUCGACCUGGAGCAGCCGCUGGACAUGGAGACACGCGACCUGCUGCAGCUGCUGGCGCCGGCAAAGAGGACGCCCAGCUCCGCUGCCUACGGGACAACGCGCGGCGCCAGUGGCGGCCUGGGCGGCGGCGGUGGGGAGCCAGGCUCUGCCCGCACGCCCUCCGUGCGCGACAUCCACAGCCAGACAGUGGCGGCGCUGCUGCAGCGCGCCGCCUCCAUCAACGCCUCACACGGCGCCUCCAUGACAGCCGCAUCUGUCGCCGCCCUCAACAAGCAGCCCUCGGUGCGGAACCACGCCAGCGGCGGCGGCGGCGGCAACGGCGCCGCUGCCGGCCACGCGCCGCACCUGGGCUCGCUGCCACCUCUCCCUAGCGGCGCCAGCUACCACGAGGGCGGCCAGAUCGCGGCGGCGGCGCGGGCGGCGCUGGCGGCGGCGGAGGUGGCGGCGGCAGCCGGCCCGGUCGUGGAGGCGGAGCUGUCUGACUAUUACCGAGCCGAGCCCACGACGCCGGCGGCGGUGCUGCUGACCGCCAGCGCCGCCGUCUCCACCAGCGGCAUCAUGUCUGGGCCCAGCGCACAGGUGCUCGCGGGGCUGGGCGGCAGCGGCGCGGUGGGCUACGGCGCCUCGCCGUCGCAGUCGCCCCGCACCUCGCAGCACAGGGUGCGGAUGCCAGUGCCCCCGCCGGCGCCGCCGGGCGCGGUGCCGGGCGCGCUGGACGCGGCCGCGGCGGUGGCGGCGGCGGCGCGGGAUGCGGCGGCGGCGGGAGCGGCGCACGCGCCGCUGCUGGCGGGGGUGACGAGCAGCUCGGAUGAGGACGCCGACGGGCGGUUGCGACUCGGCAGUGGGGGCGGCGGCAAGCUGGCCGCGCGCGCGCCGACCAACGGAGGCAGCAGCUCGAGGGGCAGCAGCCCGUCAGGACUGGGUGCGGGGCUGUGAGUCGUGUAGAUGCGGAGCCGGGCAGAUGCCAGGCCGGCUGCUGUCGGUGCGUGUGGAGUUUGGCGGUGUCGCUGUCUGCGUGCUGCGGCCGGAUGACGACUUGCAGUUGGACCCACUUGACGCACAUGCCCUUCCCUUGCCUGCCGGCGCGUGGCUUGGUGUCAUUGCCGGGGUGCACGGACGUGUGUGUGCGCGUGUGUGUGCAUCUACGUGAACGGCCGCUGCAACGCGGGAGCUGCACGCGAUUGCCGUGAGGGCUUGGGAUGGUGGGCAUUUGAUACUGCAUGCGCAUGCGUGUCUGUGUGUGUAAUUACUUGAAUGCAGACGCAGUGUUUGUGCAGUCGGACAGAGCUGUCGUCCGGUCAGCGUGCUCACCAGGCAUACACCAAUUGAGCGCCUUGACAGGAAGCAUAUUGCGGGGACUCCUGACUGGCGGGCUUAGCGCCAGGGGUACUCGGCGCUCUCAGUCAUGUUGACGAGGGGUGACGGGAGGAUGCCUGCAUCACAUUUGCAGGCCGCGGGUGGGUGACACACGCAGGCUCCUCCAACUGCGAGGCGUGUUAACCUGUGCUGUCCGCGAAUGCGUGGACGGAGGGCUGACGUGGCCACUGCCGCCGACCUGUGGACUGCACGUUCCGGACCUCGACACAUUACCACACAACACAACACAUACCCACCGAGGCCAGGGGAUAUCAGCCCUGGCUUAGCUACUUCUAAUGGCGCUACGGCGGAGAGGAGGGCAGCUGAGGCCCUGGGCAGGGAUUGCAUCUUCUAGUCGGGGCCACGAUGUGAUGACGAUCUGGAUGUUUAGUCCCUGGUCUCGCCGAACACCCAUUGCCGGGGUAAAAUCAUGGCAUUUUUGCGCCGCUGGCGUUGUGGGAUAGGAGGCGGUUCAGGCCCUUCUUGACCCGGCCGUGUGCCUGCCCCUGGAAGCUGAUAGCCAUGGUUUUGGAUUGGAAUGUGCGCUGUGCAAAGAAGGGCGCGAUGGGACAGGGAAGAGGGGGGGGUUGACGGCGUAGUAGGAUGGGGUAGAUGUCUGCUUGGUGGCAUUUAGCAUUCGCUGUACUCGGAAUGCGGAGAAACACUGUGUAAAACAUAGAGUGC